GGUAAAGGAGGUAAAGAAGUGCAAGACAGAUGUGUCCAGGUGAGCCAGGUGUGUUAUUGAGCGAACUCAGUACCUGUUGCCUGUUUCCUCCUGUCUGCAGCUCGGCCGCCAUGUCUAAAGCGACGGUGAAGAAGCUGCACUGGCGCUCCAAGGUGCAGGAGAGCUUCGUCCCGCUGGGCGGGGGCUCGGGAGAGCUGGGUCUGGCAAUCGGCGGCGGGGCCGACUACGGCGAGUUCCCGUUUGUCACGUCGGCCCCCGGGGGCGGGGCCACGGUGGGCGACAUCAUCUUAGAGAUCGGGGGGACGCCUGUGUUAGGGAUGACCCUCGGUGAUGUCAGAGGAGUCCUCAACUCCUGUCCUCAUCCAAUCAGAAUCAAGACUGUCUCCCCAGGUUCGUCCCUCUGUAAGGACCUCAGGUUGUACCUCAGUAAGUGUUUUCCAUUGGGCUGGACAGUCAGCUGCAGCAAGCAGCUCAUCAGAAGAGACGCUGUACAUGCUGGCUACGGUGGAAGAUAUAAGCUUGCGCUGCUCAGAGAGGAGGAAGAGUUUCUCCACUAUCCUGAAGGCCAGCGGCCCCCAGGGGCCCCCAGCAGGCCGCUCCCCAGCAGCCCCAGCAGCUCCCAAACAAACCCCCGGUGGCCCCCGGUGGCCACCAGCACCCCGCUCCCCAGCUGCCCCCAGUGGGCCACUCCCCAGCAGUCCACCAAGCGGCCCCAGCAGCCCCCCAGCAGCCCCCAGUGGCCCCCCAGCGGCCCCCAUUGUGUAGCUGAGUUAUGUAGGAAAAAUCUCAUGACAUAUACUAAGAAGAAAAGAGCAGCCAUGCGGGGAGAGUCUGUCCCUCUCAUAUGGGAUGAGACUGCACCUGAACUUUACCUGCGCAUGUUACAACCUGUUCGAUGGCAUCACGGUGUCCUCCCUGCAGGUACGACCAGGCAGCCUCGGGACGGGGAGAUCUCAGGUGUGGACUACAACUUUGUGUCCAUCGAGGAGUUUUUCUCUCUGGAGGAGUCUGGAGCCCUGUUGGAGAGCGGCAAGUUCAAAGGGAACUACUAUGGGACGCCCCGCCCCGUCCACAUCGGUCCAGAGAGUCCACCAAUCACGUACCAGGAACAUCGAAACCUGCUGAGGAACUUCAGGACGAGGAGCAAAUCUCUGAGUAACCUGGAGAAAGCUGUGGAAGAGGGAGACAACAGUGAGGAGGACAGCGGACUGUCUGCAGGUUCAGCUGGAGCCCCGCCCACCACGCUGCCUCUCAGCCAAUCAUGGGAGUCAGCGGUGGGGAGUCGGGAGGUAAUGGAGAACGGAGGAGGAGGAAGAGGAGUGGGGAGAGGAAGAGGAGGAGGAGGAGUAGGUCCACUGCCUGAAAACUGGGAGCUGGCAUUCAGUGAUUCAGGAGAGCCGUACUACAUCGAUCAUAACUCAAAGACCACCAGCUGGCUGGAUCCUCGAACUCAGAACAAAGAGAUGACUUCCUGUACAGAACUCCCAGAGUUCACGGAGCAGCCCAGUCAGUUGAAGGGUUACUCCAUCCACACUCGGCUCUCCAAAGGUCCUCGAGGUUUCGGCUUCAACAUCGUCGGAGGAAGUCGACCCCGGGAGUUUCUACAGGUGUACAGUGUCACACCUGGAGGACCGCCUGCUCUCAAUACAGCCGACAUCCUGGUCUACAUCAACGACAGCUGUGUGCUGGGUCGCUCUCAUAAAGAGGUGGUGGAGAUGCUGAAGUCGGUGCCGAUGGGUCAGAGUGUGGACGUGGUGCUGAGGAGAGGAUACCCGAUGCUCUACAACCCCGACGGGUGUCCCAAACAGAGCCUGGAGACGCCGCAGACCCCCGGCGAGCCCUCCAAAACCCCCAACCUACACCGAGGCCUGACGCACCUCACCUACAGCCGCACGCUGGACGCCAACGGCAGCGCGCCAGGACUUGGCCAAAACCCACCCUCAUACGCCGCUCAGCCAAUGACAAACGGGCUGACAGGCCCACCCACCCCCACUUCCUCGGACCCCCCACUGGGCCCACCACCCCCUCCAGACAGGACGGCAGCCAAUCACAGUGACUCUGAUGGCGGCCCGCCCAACGCUGGAACUCGCAGGUCUUCCCUGACUCGCUACAACAGCAGCACUCUACCCGCCUUCUCCUCCUCCUCCCUCCUCCACCAUCAGAGCUCCAAGUCUUCAGAGAGCGAUCUGUCUACAUCCACACUCCCCAUCUCGUCCUCCACACUCCCCAUCACAUCCUCGUCCUCCCAUACUCUGUCCAAACUGCCCCUCUCUCAGCCCGAGACAGGCCUCCUCCAGAACUCCAGCCCCAGCCCCAACAGCGCUAACAACCCCCCCUCCUCUUCCGCACCCCCGGGAGCUCCCGUGCAGCGCCCGCCAAUGCCCCAGACCUCCCUGGCCCUGACCCCACCCAGAGAGAUCCCACCCUGCGGCUUUAAUGGAUGUCCAGCCAGUCACCAAACGCCCUCCCCAGCCUCCCGAGGAAACUCGGGACCGGUGCUCCCCCUGGGGGCGGGGUCGACAGCAUCGCCCCCUGGUGGGGAGCUUGUGCCGGUGGCCCUGGGAUGCAGUGACGGUGGGGGGUUGGGGUUCAGUGUGACAGCGGGGGGCCAAGGGGGUCAGCUGGCGGUGGUGAGGCGGGUCUGGGAUCGAAGGCAGUGCCCCUCUCUGCAGCCGGGCGAUGCUAUAGUGAAGAUCAAUGGAGCGGACGUACAGAGCCUCACCUUCUCACAGGUCCAGAGAGUCCUGCAGGAACACACCAAACAGGGAGAGGUGGUGCUACUGGUCUACAGAGGAGGUCCUGUCUCCUCUCCAGUCGUCACCCCCAACCUUUACAAGCCCCUCCCCUCCCCUCAUGGCCUGACCACCCCUACUUCAGCUGACCUGCCCUCCCCAUCCACGGGUGCCUUGGUGGGGGGCAUCCCCCCCCUCAGCCAGGCCGGGUUGGCCCUCGAGAGUCCCCAAGAGGGCCACCUACUGGCCCCAGGGACCCACCAAGGGACCCCUCCUGCCCAGACGCAGACCAAUGGGCCCCCAGCCUUGGCCCUCAUCCAGAGCACCAGCUUCCUGGACUCAGUUCCUGUGACGCUGACCUUAGAGCCACGUGAUUUGCUGGGAGCGGAGGAGAGCGCCGGUGGGCUUCCUUCAACCAGAGGGGGAGGAGCGCUGGGAGCAGUCGCCAAGGAUGGGAGAGGGGGGGCAAAGUCAGUGGAGGUGGAGCUGAGGCGGCGGCCGGGUGAGGGCUUUGGAUUCGUCAUCGCCUCUCAGGAAGUGACCAAUGGGGGUUUUGAAAACCUUUCAGGCCUGUCCUCAGGUACAACUUUACAUCCUAGUUCAACUGCCAGGGAGACUCUGAAGGGUCUUGAAACGCAACAUGGCUGGUUUACACGUCUACACAUCAGGAUACACAAACGAAAUAACAGACAGGAAGAUAGACACACAGACAGACAGAGAGAGAGACGGAGAGACAGACAGGACGUGCAGGUGCAGUUGUUUUUUGUGUCUUGGCGUUUCCAGUCUGGACUGUUCAUCAUGUUGGAGCGGCUGCAGUCAGCUCUGAAAACUGUCAAGGACUCCAGACCCCCCUCCCUGAUGUCUCAUCGGUUCGUGACAGUGCGUCGCGGCAGCCCGGCGGCUCGCAGCGGACAGAUUCAGCCCGGAGACCAGCUGGAGGCGGUGGAGGCUCGGCCGGUCGGAGGUCUGCAGCACCGAGACCUGGCCCAGAUCCUGAGGAGGGCCGGGAACACCCUGAGACUGAGUAUCACACCCAGACACCAUUCCUCGUCUCUGUCGGAAGGAGCAGACUUGGACAUUGACGGCCGACUGAUGAAAGGAUCCAGAGGGAGGUCAAAGGACGACUCCAGGUUCUACAGCGUGGAUCUGGAACGCGGCCCUACAGGUUUCGGUUUCUCUCUGAGGGGGGGCAGUGAGUACAACAUGGGACUGUAUGUCCUGGGACUGAUGGAGGGGGGGCCGGCCCAACGCAGCACCAAGAUACAGGUGUCCGACCAGCUGGUGGAGAUAAACGGAGACAGCACAGCGGGAAUGACUCACAGUCAGGCCGUGGAGCAGAUCAGAAGGGGAGGCCAUCGAAUCCACCUCAUCCUCAAGAAGGGAAACGGAUACGUGCCCGACUACGGCCCUGAGGAAGGAGCCCUCUCCCCCUCCUCCUCCUCACACACAGAGGAGCAGGAUGUGGAUACGAUAACCAUGACAACGGCCUCCCUCAGCCAGCAGAAGGGAGGAGGAGGAGAGAGGAGGAGGAGGAGAGAGGGAGAAACCAAACAAAGAACGGGAGGAGGAGGAGGAGGAGGAGGGUUAGGCCCUCCUGACCUGGACCUAGACACGGUGGAGGAGGAGGCACGGGAGGAGGAGAGGAGGAGAAGGAAGGAGGAAGAGGAGGAGUGGAGGAGAAGGAAGGAGGAAGAGGAGGAGAGGAGGAGAAGGAAGGAGGAAGAGGAGGAGAGGAGGAGAAGGAAGGAGGAAGAGGAGGAGAGGAGGAGAAGGAAGGAGGAAAAGGAGGGGAGGAGGACAAGAAGUCAGACUGUCAGGCAGAGGAAGCGGGACGACCACAGGGAGCAGGGGAGGAGGAGCCAGAGCUUACCCAGGGACGGCACUCGAUCCUGGGAUACGUUGCUGCCGGAGGAGGGGUUGGAGGUGGAGGAGUCUGGAGGGAGAGCGAGGGAGAGGAGGAGGAGGAGGAGCGAGACGAAGGGCAGGAGGAGAGAGAGAGAGGCCGACAGAGAGGAGGAGGAGAUGGAGGAGAGGGAAGACGGAUACAACAGCGCCAUCCACCACGCAGAGCAUUCUGGGAGCUCGGGUGCAGCUGAGAGAGCAGCGUUUUCCUUCCUCAUGCCGAUGGACAACGACGGCGAGCGCCAGCAUCUGUCCGACGGCGAAUCAGCAGCCAGCUUCUCAGAGGUCAGCCGAUCGGCCGCCAGCAUUUCUACGGCGGGAUGGAGGGAGGAUUCAUUUUGGAGGAGAGGCGAGUCGCCGUGGCGACAGGGGAACGCCCCGGGCCCCUGGCUGAAGCCCAGCCCACGGAGACUGACGCAGGUUCUGAUUGGAAGUCGGCUCAGUGGGCGGGAACUAGCUGGCGGGCUCUCUCUCUGAUCAGCCAGCAGUGAGGGCCAUCUCUGUUUUUUCUUUCGCUGACAUUUUUUGGGGUUUUUUUUGUUUGGUUUUUUAAUUGGCUACUUAUAAGGGCUUUCUUUGAUUGGUCUGCUGAGAGAAAACCCGCCUCUUCCUGCGUCUUAUUGUAUGAUAACAGAUCAUUCCGCUUCUGAUUGGAAGAUGAGAAGCAAGGAGACCAGGUCUUGUUUCUGAUUGGCCGGGUGGGUUUUGAGUCCUCCGAUUGGCCAGACCCACCGCUUUCACUUUCAUUUUACCCAUCAUGCCUCAGCGCACCCUGAGACCUGUAUCAUGAAGCCACAUCAGUGUGUCAUCAGCUCCCUUUGGGAUCAACUCAGACUUUGUGCUGUCGUGAAGCUGGUGCACUUUUAAUCCGGCCAGGUCACCACGGUAACCGGGGUAGAUCACCGUGGUAACAGAUGCUUACUGGCUCCAGGGCAGUGUCGCCUGUGAUGAAGAACCCGGAGCCGGUUUUCAAGCAGCUUCACGAUACCGGUCCUUAUCGGGUUCGCCGAGGCUGGACUCCAGGUCCGCCCCGUUUGACGCGUCAUCGUCGCCAACGUCGCCUGCAUCUUUCUAACUUUGAAAUGGAACGCGAACAACAUCCGAACCCGCCAGUCCCUACGGCUCAGCGCUGACGCCUAGUGGCGGCGCUGUUUCCGUGUUUCUCUCUCCGUGUAAUCUGAGCAUGUGAAUAUCACUGGAAUGAUUUUUUAUUUUUAUAAAGCUCAACAUGUAAAGGCUCAAUGACAUUAUUAUCAUUAUUGUUAUUAGAGAUUAAAUAGAACCAGAGAUGAUUUGAUUUGCCUGCUUGCUUGUAAAAAAGAAAAAAAACAAAAACAACUUUGUCCUGAUGAGGUAACAGAGCCAUACACACACACACACACACACAGAUGUCAGGUCCGGCUGUGGCCCUGCUGGCUUUCAAUAGACAUAACAUCCCCAUGGCAACACCGUCAUCUGGACGGGUGACCUGUUCCUAUAGCAACUGCCACGGCGGCGCAGGACUGUGUGGCCAACAUGGCCGACGUCUUGCUGCUCUGGAUCAUAACAAGUGCCUCAUUUUAUUUUCAGCCUUCGUCCUGCAAAUUGACACCGAGGCCGCAGGCGCAGACACCGCCCCGCACCGCCACCCGUCAGUCCCCCACCGCGUCCCUCCACGUCCCACACUGAGCGGAGCCCCGGUCUGUGCCUCUCACGUACUCUCUGUUUUUAUAUCUGACACAUCAGAGUCGAGGAUUAGCUUUCGUCUCGGAGUCAGAGACGUUCGAAACAGCUUUUCUGUAAAUAAAACCCA